AUGGGCGACUUGCUCGACAAGAAGCAGCUUGAGCUUUCAGAGAAAAAUCUAACAAGGAUUUCACCAAAAGAAGAGAAAAUUUCGAAUAAUCCACAUAAAGAGUACGACAUGCUCAACAUCUGCAGAUGGGCAAUGUUGCUCCUUUGGUUUUUUGUUUCAGCUACGAUUGCUGUUUCUUCCAUCCGCGAUUUUUCAAAUAUUCCUGCGGUUCUAGAGAGAAAGAAUGACAUUGGGAAGCCGGUGGAUGACAAGAGAGACUACAGAUUUCUCGUCUUGGGGAAUCGAAUGCAGGUGAUUUUGAUUAAAGAUGACCAAGCGCCGAAAGAUGUGGUUUAUUUGGGCAUCAAUGGUGGUUCUCUUGAGGACCCAAGGGACAUGUACGGAAUGGCUCAUUUCCUGGAGCACUCGGUCUUCCUCGGAUCAGAAAACUACCCAGGCGAGCAGGAUUUCGCGAAAUUCAUGAAGUCGAAAGGCGGUCGCCACAAUGCAGCCACAGCUUUCACCAAAACGACGUACUACUUCGAUCUUGUCCCAGGACCACACAUAAUUGAAGGAGUCAAGAGACUGACUGACUUCAUUGUCAGCCCAAAUUUGAAAGCAUCCUCGGUUUCCAGGGAGCUCAAAGCGGUAAACUCGGAGUGGAAGGGCAACACGCAGAGUGAUUUUCGUCGUCAAAUGCAGAUUUUCUGCUCGGCCGCGAAUCCCGAUCACCCGUAUAAUUCGUUUUUCUCUGGCAAUACUAAGAGCGUGCGCCAAAACAGAACUGAUGCGCAAAUUGCGGAAAGGCUGAAGCAAUACCAUUCCACGCAUUACUCCUCGAAUUUGAUGGCAAUCGUUAUUACAACAAAAACUCUCUCUUUGGACGAACUUGAAAGUGGUGUUUUGGACACUUUGCUGACUAUUCCGGACUUAAAUCUGCCAAAACCUGUUUAUGACUAUCCGUUUCGACAAAGAGACUUGGGCAAACUUAUCAAAAUGGAGACGGUGUCCCGGUCUCACAAGCUGAAAGUAUAUUUUCAAAUGGAUGACCCUCCUGCGGAUAUGAAAGUAAACCCACAAGAAUACUUCACGAGUCUGAUCGGCCAUGAGGGCCCCGAAUCACUCCUCCAAGAAGUCAAGCGCCAAGGUCUCGUUGACACCCUUGUCACCAAAAAAGACAACACAGCUCCCGGAAUCAACCAUUUUGAGGUCUCUUUCAACUUGACUCCCAAGGGGCUCGAACGAUGGAAGACAAUUAUGCGCCAUUUAUUCGAAUACAUCAAAAUGCUGAAAACGACAAUUCCCUCUCAGCGGUACUGGAAUGAGAUCUUGAAGCGGCAGCGCAUGAGCUUUCAAAAUCAGGAUCACGUGACUUCGUACAGAUAUGCCAAACAAAUCGUCGAUGAGCUCCUUUCCGGGAGAAAAGAAAAAGAUCGUAUUCUCGCUGGUCCACCAGAAGAUGAUGGGUACGACCAAGAAAAAAUGCAGCAAAUGAUGAACGGACUCAAUGCGAAAAAUAUGAUAGUUUUCCUCAUUUCGCCGACUUUUCGAGGGAAGACGGAAAGAAUUGAGCCUUGGUAUGGUGGAAGGUAUAAUAUUUCGGAUAUUGAAACUGAGUUUAUUGAAGAACUGGAUAAUAUCAGUCCAAAGCCAUAUUUCCGUAUUCCAGAACCGAAUAUUUUCUUUCCUGAUGGUUUUGAAAUCGAAAACCAGUUCGAUCACCUCGACGACACAUCAAAACAUCCCAACCUGGUCCUCAACCGAGAAGAGCUCGAAAUCUGGCACCACCAGGACAUGCGCUUCAACAAGCCAAAAACGCACGUCGAGCUGAACAUUCGAAAUCCUGCUUUCAUCGGAAGCCUGAGGACCUACAUGACGACGAAACUUUACAUCGAGCUUUUGAUGGAUCAGUUUCCACCGCAUCUCUACCCAGCUUCGCUCGCCGGAAUAACUUGGAACCUCGAUUUUGACUACCGACCAUGGGACUCUGGAAUCGUCCUGACAGUUUUUGGAUACAGUGAAUCUAUUCCAAAGGUUCUCAAUAAGAUUGCCGAGCUGAUUGAGUCGUUCGAGCCGUCUCCAACUCGAUUUGAGCAGCUCAGAGAAGGGAUGAUUCAGAAGACGAAGAAUUUCGACACUCUCGAGGCAAAAGAAAUGCUGCACCACGAACGAUACAAUUUCACAAUCGACGGAUACCACUCAAUCAACGACAAAAUCAAAGCUCUGCAGUCCGUAACGUUCCGGCAAUUCAAAGCGUAUCUCCGGGAUAAUCUCGUCGGAUCCAAAGUGGUCGCCCUGAUUGCCGGCAAUAUCCGGAGAAAUCCCGCUAUCAAGACGAUUGAGAGCUUUGUAAAGAAAGCUAGAAUUACGGGGCCGUAUUCGGAUGCGUACAGAUACACGGCUUUUAGGUUGGUGGAGUUUGAGCAAGGCGCGAAUUUAGUCGUUAAACGAAAAUCGAAGUACUCCAAAGAACAUGGCAUCCUCAUUUCUUAUCAACUUGGAGACAUCACUCCGAAACAAUGGAUGAUGGCAACUAUUUUCUCCCAUGCUACGAGCGAUGAGUGUUUCCACUUCUUACGAACUGUGAGACAGCUUGGAUACGUUGUCAAAUGUAGCAUGGUCGAAGAUUCAGGAACGCUGAGCUACAACAUUCUGGUCCAGAGCGGCAACGACACAAACACCAUCAUUGAGAACAUAGAAGAGUACACCACCUACGCUGGGAAUUUUCUCGAAGAAUACUCAGUUCAUAAAUUCAACGAUCUGGUCCGGCAAAUGAACGAUUCUUUCCGCCAAGAGCUACCAGUGCUAAGAAGCCAAAUAAAUCGCUGGAUGGAUGCGAUCAAAUUUGGCAAGCGCCAGCCCAACUUCAACGUCCCUAUCGAACGAGCAGAUCUCCUUUCGGAAAUAACGCUUGAAGAUAUCUCCAACUUCUAUAAAAGCAAAAUCAUGAGCGUGACUCGCAGUAGAAUAACUUUCAUCGUGACGAAUAAAGACACCGAAGAAGACACAUUGACUCAAGAAGAGGUUUACGCACUUGGCCAAGACGUUCAGAUUUUGGAUGAUCCGUUCGACUUCAAAGCCAGGAGCCGCUUUUUCCCGUCGUUGGCACGCCUCUACGCAUAA